AUGGAGAGUGGCAGCGAGCAGCUAGCUGUCAGCAAGGUAUCUGCUGUGUCUGUUCCUGCUUGCGCCACAGCCAACCCGAUGCUAACUGACACUCUCUUCUCCAUACUCCAGAAUGAAAGCCCAGCGAGUCCCUCGCCCAGGUCCAGUCUCCGGGGCAGGCGGAACGCCGCCUCGGCCCUCGACUCCAGGCCAGGCCCUGCAGCGCGGGAGCCUCACCUCAGUCCCCACGGCCUCCUCUCCACAACUCUGCCCCGGGAUCUUCCAGCCCCCCACACGGGCCCCCGCCUCGACUCAGCUUCAGCACCCGACCGCUUUUGCUGCAGCCGCUGCCAUGGUGACUGGGUCUCGCGAGAGCCGCCGCUCGCUGCCGCUCGCUACCGCGGGCUACCGCGCACUUCUCGCGCGAUCGUGGAGGUGGGAAGUAGCCCGGGCUGGGGGUGGGGGUUCGCCGCACAUCUCCUGUCGCCGUCGCGGCUUCCGGUGCUAGGUGGAGGGAAGGAAGGAGGGAGCGGAGGGAGCGGAGGAGCGGGGCCAGCGGACCAGCUUCGCCGCGGUCGGCUCGGGGAGCGGGAGGCAGCGGCCCGACAGCCGGGCGGAACCUGCGGGGGCGGAGGUGGCGGUGGCAGCCGCGGCGCCCGGAGCAGGAACAGGUUCGGAGCUGGAGAGGGAAGGCGGGUCCGGGCCCGGGAGGAGGCUGGGUCAGGGUGGGAGCCGCGGAGCCCCGGGGCCCCCUGCCGCCGCGGCCCGGCCCGGCGAGGUGCGGCGGACGCUUCCCGCAGAGCCGGGGGUCCCCAGCCCCGCUCCCGCCCCCGCAGCUGAAGGACGCCGAGCUGGGGUGGGGGCGGGGGCGCGCGCCGAUUUGUCCUCCGCCUCGCCCGGAGGGGGCGACCUGGGCUGCAGAGGAAGUACCAGGAUUCCCGGAACAGAAAAUGAAGCCAUUGCUUACGCCAAUCCUUUGAAAGAAGGGGGAGGUGGGGGAGGUAAAGUUCCCUGUUAAAAAACGGGCCACUUGAUUAGUUAAGUGGUAACUCUCUUUGGGAGAGUCUUGUUCCUUUUUGGGGUUCUAUUACUGCUGGUCUCUGGGCCAGGAAGAAUGUGGUGGAGGAGUGUGUGGUCAGGAGUGAGAAGGAAAUAGUGAGGUCAUUAGGGUGAAGAGAAAG